CUUCAUUAUAUAUUUCGUUCAAGAUCGUGAUCAGUUCCACGCAUCCUAAGUAGUCCACAUUUGUUCACAGCAAGAAACAAACAUUUCUAGCUAAGAAUGAAGAAAGCAGAGGUGGUGCUAAUCCCCAUACCUGCUAUGGGCCAUAUUGUAGCAGUAGUGGAGAUAGCUAAGCUUCUUGUUCAACGUGAUGAUCGACUCUACACAACUGUGUUGGUAAUGCAUCCAACUCUUGACCCCAGCACUACCAAGUACAAUGAGUCACUUGCUGCAUCAACUCUCCCUGAUCGUAUGCGAGUCAUUAACUUGCCCAGAGUUGAGUCCAUAACGUCAGAUACUAAAGCCAAUAACUGGCUUAGUACUUUGAUUGAAGGCCAAAAACCCCAUGUCAAAGAAUAUGUUUCAAAGACGAGAACUCAAUUUGAGUUGAGCCUCGAUGCUCCUCGAAUUGCUGGGUUUAUUUUUGAUUCGUUUGCUACAGGACUGAAAGAAGUGGCCAAUGAAUUUGGGUUUCCAUGGUAUGCUUUCUCUGCUCCAGGUGCAGCUUUUCUUGGUUGUGAAUUGCAUCUUCAGGCUCUUCAUGAUGAGCAGGGAGUGGACCUUACUGAGUUCAAGAACUCGGACGUUGAGUUGAAAAUUCCGAGUUUAGCGAACCCGCUUCCUGCUAAACUUUUGCCUUCGGUUUUGUUUCAGAAAGAUUCGCUCGCUAAUUUCCUUGAGCAAGCAAGAGCAUUGGCUGAAGCCAGAGGUAUUUUGGUUAAUACAUUUUUCGAGUUUGAAUCCAAUGCGGUUAACUCUCUUUCAAAUGGUAAAACCCCUCCAAUAUAUCCGGUGGGACCGAUUGUUAAACAUGAAACAGACUGUCAUGAUGUGGGUUGGGAUGGGAGCAAGAAGCACAGAGACAGAGACAUCAUGGAAUGGCUUGAUGAUCAGCCUCCAUCAUCAGUUAUGUUUUUGUGCUUUGGAAGUCAUGGAAGUUUUAGGGAGAAACAGGUGAAAGAGAUUGCCUGUGCACUAGAGAAUAGUGGGCAUCGAUUCUUAUGGUCGCUACGUAAACCUCCACCGAGAGAAAAGUGGGAACCCCCUAGUGAUUAUGCAAAUUUUCAAGAAAUCUUACCGAAAGAGUUUUUAAACCGGACAGCUAAGAUUGGGAAAGUAAUCGGAUGGGCACCUCAGGUUGACAUAUUGGCUCAUCAAGCGAUAGGAAUGUUUGCUUCGCAUUGUGGAUGGAAUUCUAUACUAGAAAGUAUAAGGUUUGGUGUUCCAAUUGUCGCCUGGCCAUUAUAUGCAGAGCAACAGUUCAAUGCCUUUCAAAUGGUAAUUGAGUUGGGAUUAGCCGUGGAAAUUAAAAUGGAUUACAGGAGGGAUUUUCAUGGUGAUAAUGAAAUAAUUGUGGGUGCUGAUGGUAUAAUGAAAGCAAUAAAGCAUGUUAUGGAGCAAGGUAAAGAAAUAAGAAAGAAGGCAAAAGAGAUGAGCAGAAUAAGUGAGAAAACCUUGAUGCCUGGUGGAUGUUCGUAUUCUUCUUUGGGUCGUUUAGUUGAUGAUAUAAUAGACAACCAGCCAUGAAGCAACUGUUCCAACUAUGCUCUAAGUUUUUGCUUCAAAUAAGCUACUAUUUGUCAUUUUUUUUAGGAGAAAAAUAUUUUUUAUGUACUCUUGUUUUGUAUAAAAAAAAAAAUACAAUUGAUGAGGUUCUAAAUCCACAUAA